AUGUCUCUGCGCAAGGUGGCUCACAUGAACAUCAUGGCCAGGGCAGCGCUCCUGACGGGAUCGGAACCGCCUGGUUGCGGUACCUCUUGCCGGAGCGACGCCAGCGGGUGCACGCCAGCCGCGGCCCCUGAGGCCAGCGUCAAUCCAGCAUGGGCCACACCGAGUCGGCAACUAGACGGCGCGGCCAAGGACGACGGCUUGUCACUGUGGUUCAACUCGGUCGACACCACGGCAGAGGCUUCCCGGUCACUGGUAUUCAAUUGUUCACUCACGGGUGCUUGGGGUCCAAAUUUCAUGCACACGUCCUUCCGGCUGGGUGUGCUGGUCGCCUUCAUCGCAGGAAAGAGUAGCUCAUAUUGCACCGUGACGCCGGGAUACGCACUGAAUAGCGUCAUCAGGCAGUUCAUGUUGGGUCCAAAUGGUCGAGCAGAUCAGCGGAGGACCACGUCGGGCACAGACCGCGUGAACUUGGAGCAUCGCGGCACCAGGUCUUUUGCCGGUAUUCUACACGCAUCUAUCACUACAUCCCUCAUCCUCCUGCACUUACAACCAAGACUUUGCGAGCGUGUGACAAGCCUCAUCUGCGUGCGCAUACCUACAGAAGACGUGGUGGUACCAGGAAGGCGCAACCAGGCGGUCUUCCGGGACAGCCAGCUCGAGCAGUCAUACCUAUGA